UAUCUAUAAAAGCAAAAAAAAAAAAAAAAAAAAGGAAAACCAAAACAACCAUGGCAACGAGCCCAAGCUCGAACGUGAGCCAAAAGAAGCAGUCGGUCUACCUUCAGAACAUGGACGAGGUGGCGAAGGUCUUCAACCGCUUCGACGUCAACGGGGACGGGAGGAUCUCCGUGUCGGAGCUCGGCGCCGUCCUCGAAUCGCUCGGCUCCACAUUCUCCAACGAAGACGAGCUCCCACGCAUCAUGGACGAGCUAGACUCCGACCACGACGGCUUCAUCUCCCUCACGGAGUUCGCUGCCUUCUGCCGCGCCGGCGCAGAGGACGGCGGGGCGUCGGAGCUCCUCGAGGCCUUCCGGCUCUACGACCAGGACCAGAACGGCCUGAUCUCAGCCUCCGAGCUCCACCUUGUGCUCACCCGCCUCGGAAUGAACUGCUCCAUCGAAGACUGCCACCGCAUGAUCCGCUCCGUCGACUCCGACGGCGACGGCAACGUCAAUUUCGAGGAGUUCGAGAGGAUGAUGACCAACGCCAACAAAAACGGCAACAGCAAUGGCUCCCCGCCGUAGAUUUCGGAAUCUAUAGUUAUGGAAUGUUUCGCACGUAUACAGGUGUUAUCGUUUCCUUUUCUUCCUUGUCUAGUUUGAAUCUGAAAUUAAUUUCUAUUCAUCCAAAAAUCUGAAAUUAAUUUCUGAUCAUUAGAACUAUAGGGUAUGGUUUAGUUAAAAUAAAAUAACUAUUGCACUAGUGCUAAAUCUGAAAAUUUUAGCGGUGUGUAAAUGGCAAAUAUCAGUUGCUCUUUGUACCAUUUUCCUCUUGUGGAAUAUUUAUUGCUUUUUUCGAGGGAAAA